GGAAAGUUAAAGCGGCGGCCAAAGGUCGAAUACACCAAGGACGGUCGUAAGAUAAUCGAUGGUGUGCUUGAAGACGAACAAGAACCAAACGCGUUAUGGACGACCACCAUAUCGCGAGGUGUUGCCCAUGACUGGAGGGAAAGAGCAGAAGCAGGACCGUUCUAUCGAACUAGAGCAUUAUGGGCAGCACAACUGGUCCCAUUUUUCACAAUUUUCAGGACCGAUUAUUUAUGUGAUCAGUCACUUUCUUUCAGUGACUGAUCACAUAAAUAAUCGGUCCUGA